AUGGGGACCCUUAGCUGCAACCCUGCUCCACGGCUGACCACUGAGUGCCAGAGUGUUCAGACCGGCUUGAGGAAGUCCUGUGGGACGGCCACCUCGGAGAACGGCUCCGGACCGGGCCUGUACGUCCUGCCGUCCACCGUGGGCUACGUCAACCACGACUGCACCAGGGCGGUCGGUCCCGCCUACUCACUCUUCCGGAGGCCCCGCCCAGCGUCUCCACAGGACGUCAGCCCUGGGCCAGUCUACUUCUUGGACCCAAAAGUCACCCGGUUUGGCCGAAGCUGCACCCCUGCUUACUCCAUGCAGGGCCGGGGCAAGUCUCGGGGUCUGGAGGUGACACCAGGCCCAGGGGCCUACAGCCCAGAGAAGGUGGCCCCUGUGCGCCAGCGGACACCCCCAGCUUUCACCCUGGGCUCCCGCCUGCGCCCACAGCUCCAGGACACCUCCACCCCUGCUCCUAACGCCUAUACCCUGCCCUCCCUCUGGGGUUCCCAGAUAUUCAUUAAGCCCAGCAGCCCCAGCUACACAGUGUUGGGCCGCACGCCCCCCGCCCGUCCCCCUCAGGACCCUGCUGAGAUCCCAGGCCCGGGCCAGUACGAGAGCCCCGACCCCAACACCUACCGUCAGCGCCAGCCCGCCUUCACCAUGCUGGGCCGGCCCCGUGCCCCCCGGCCCCCAGAGGAGACUCCUGGCCCUGGCACCCACAGCCCUGAGCAGGUCACCAUGACCAAAGCCCGGGCGCCAGCGUUCACCAUGGGCAUCCGUCACUCCAAACGCGCUCCCACCAUGGUUGUGGACACCAUGCCCUGACACCUUUGGGGUUAGGGUUCCCAGCUGCCCCGGGACCAACCCAGUUUACCUGUGUUGUCACACGGGGUGUGGGCAGGCCCCUCCUGGGCCUGGCUGUGGAGAAGACACAUCUUGCCUUCCUUUUUUUGAACUCUGAGGUCCUUCUAGGUCCCCUGCUUCCUUUGGUCCCUGGGGGCUGUGACCCCGUGGCUCCGUGCAGGGCGAGCUUCCUUCCAGUGCCCCAGUUUCUUCCUCCCGGUCACAGCAGGUUAAGUCAGGCCACGCAGAGAAAGGGACGACUGCAGCCCUGCCCAGCGGCCGGCGGAGCUUUCUGUGUUCUGGAGCUCAGUGUCCACCCUGCUAGGGCCUGGGUCCCUGGCACAGUUCACGUUUCUGCUAAACUUGGGCUCUUCUCUGCUUCUCGCGGAUGCACAGCCAGCUGCCUGCCCCUGGUCCCAGCCCCCAAAUCAGGCUGGAAGCAGCCUGAUCCCUCUCUCUCUAGCUGCUUGCCAAUAAAUCUCUGUGGCACCAGA